GCAAAUUUAUCGGGCAUGCCAAAAGUUUCCGCCAUUUUCAUAUUUUUAUUUGCAUACCACACAGUGUACUAGUUUACCAUGUUCUCUUUGUUACACAUGUAAAUAAACACAUGCAGAACGUGAUUAAUCGUAUAUAAUUCCAUGCCAAAUUUGUUAUGACACUGGGAAGAUGCUGUCUUUUGUCAAUAUUUCGCUACACAUCCGAAUUAUCUAAACAGCAGUGCGGUCAGAAUCGAGGCGCGAAAUUAUAUUUACUUCAAGGUUCUUCCUUAUCAAUCGGUGUACAUUGGCUAGACAGGAUACAAGAUAAGUCAUUGACUUUUCUGUGUUUUUCUACAAAUAUGGCUUCGACUAGUAACUCUAAGAGCGAUCAAAAAGAGACAACUAAUAGACUUGCUUUGGAAAAAUCUCCUUAUUUGAAACAACAUGCCACUAAUCCGGUCGAUUGGUAUCCAUGGUGCGACGAAGCCUUAAAGAAGGCAAAGGAAGAGAAUAAAUUGAUUUUUUUAUCCGUUGGAUACUCUACGUGCCAUUGGUGUCAUGUUAUGGAGAAAGAGUCUUUCAAAAAUAAGGAAAUUGCUGAGAUAAUGAAUAAGAAUUUUGUUAAUAUAAAAGUAGACAGAGAAGAAAGGCCAGAUAUCGAUAAGAUAUACAUGACUUUCGUACAGGCAAUGACUGGUCAUGGUGGUUGGCCAAUGAGCGUAUUUCUUGUCCCUGAUUUAACACCCAUAAUUGGUGGAACAUACUUUCCUCCGGAAGAUACAUCCAGACAAACUGGAUUUAAGACGAUCUUGCUCAAUAUUGCUCAAAAGUGGAAACGACUUAGAUCUACAAUGGUAGAAACUGGCGCCCAUAAUCUGAAAACAUUAAGAAAUAUUUCUGAACUUUCAUACACGUCAAAGACACACGAAGUGCCUUCGUUGGAGUGUAGAAAGAUAUGCAUUCAACAACUUUCGAACGAAUUUGAACCUGAAUUUGGUGGAUUCGGAUCAGCUUAUAUGCAAUCGCCUAAAUUUCCACAGCCGGUGAAUUUUAAUUUUUUGUUUCACAUGUAUAUGCGUCGACCUAACGACGAGCUUGCUAAAAAAUGCCUGCAUAUGUGUGUAUAUACUUUGACAAAAAUGUCCUAUGGUGGCAUUCAUGACCACGUAGGUCAGGGUUUUUCAAGGUACGCAACAGAUGGUGAGUGGCAUGUCCCUCAUUUUGAAAAGAUGUUAUAUGAUCAGGGACAGUUAAUGCAGUCCUAUGCAGAUGCGUAUCUUGCAACAAAGGAUGUUCUUUUUGCUGAAAUUGUUGAUGACAUAGCUACUUAUGUAACAAGAGAUCUGCGUCACAAGGCAGGGGGUUUUUAUAGUGCUGAAGAUGCAGACUCGUACCCCACGCCUGAUGCAAAAGUAAAAAAGGAGGGUGCGUUUUAUGUGUGGACUGCUACGGAAGUUAAGACGCUUUUGGACGAAGAAAUUUCAAACGGAAAGAACAUUAAAUUGUCCGAUAUUUUUUGUCAUCACUUCAACAUAAAAGAGUCUGGAAACGUAAAAAAGUAUCAAGAUCCUCAUGGCGAAUUAACAGGAAAAAAUGUAUUGAUGGUGUACAAUGGAAUCGAAGCCACUGCUAAACAUUUUAAGCUAACUAACGAAGAAACGAAGACGCAUUUGAAAAAGGCAUGUUCCAUUUUAUACAAAGCUAGGUCUGUAAGGCCACGACCUCAUUUGGAUGAUAAAAUUAUUACAGCAUGGAAUGGCCUUAUGAUAAGUGGUUUAGCGCGUGGAGGAGCGGCAGUUGGUAAUAAACAAUAUAUCGAAUACGCGACAGAUGCGGCGAAAUUUAUCGAACGUUAUCUCUUUGAUGAAACUAAAGGUGUGCUACUUCGUAGUUGUUACCGCGGUGAGAACGAUACAAUUACACAGACGAGUGUUCCCAUAUCCGGUUUUCUGGACGAUUACGCGUUCGUUGUAAAAGGAUUGCUGGACUUGUACGAAGCUAGCUUGCAAGAACGAUGGCUGGAAUUUGCCGAAAAAUUACACGAUAUUCAAGAUAAACUUUUCUGGGACGAAACGAACGGUGGAUAUUUUUCAACAACGUCGGACGAUUCCGUUGUAAUUCUCCGACUCAAGGAAGCCCAUGAUGGAGCAGAACCAUCCGGUAACUCGAUUGCCGCCGAAAAUUUGCUAAGACUGGCGGACUACUUAGGUCGCAACGAACUCAAGGAUAAAGCCGUCCGUCUUUUUGGAGCAUUUAGACAAUUACUGGUGCAAAGACCCAUCGCGGUUCCACAACUAGCAUUGGCGCUUGUACGCUAUCACGAUGAUGCAACGCAGAUUUAUAUCGCUGGGAAACGAGGGGCGAGGGACACCAACGACUUACUUCGCGUCGUGUACGACCGUCUAAUACCUGGCAAGACUCUUUUCUUGGUCGAUCACAAUGAGUCUAGUAAUAUAUUAUUCCGUAAGAACGAACAUCUCAGCAGGAUGAAGCCUUUGGAUGGUAGAGCAACGGCUUAUGUUUGUCGACAUCAUACGUGCUCUUUACCUGUCACGGAUCCCGAACGAUUAGUAGUAAUGCUAGAGGAGCAGCGACAUUUCGUCAACGAACAACUUAACCUUGUAGAUGUUUGAACUGUUCUUUAGUCCUCUUGAAGAAAGAUCCGUUACGCUAAUAGGAAAACAAUAUUAUCUAUAUGUCGUUUACGCGAGCAUGUUUUUCCGUAGUACGUUACGCAUAUCGUAAAGUGUAGUAAAUUUUACUAAACUAUGCGUUACAACCUGCACUGUAUAAUAAAAGAUUCGAUCGUUACCUCUAGAGCGAGGAAACCAAUACUUGUUACAUACGAUUGUAAAUACUUUAUUUUUUGUUUAAUAAAGCGAAGAUGUUGAAGUAAAAAUUAUUUAUUCGAAGCUAAUAAUGCGUGGUGCCCGUUCGUUUGAAAUAUUUGAUAUUUUUGGGUGAGGCUCGCGAGUCCAUUUAGGUCCAUGACAGAAUACGUUUACAAUCUCGAAUCGAGCCAGCAUAAUUUUUCCCCGAGUAUUGGUUUUUGAUCAUCGACAGACUUUUGUCGAGAGCGAUGUAGUGCGGUACCUACCGCAAAAUCUCGCGUUGAAUUCCAACCGAAAAUAGACGCAGUAUAUAAACCACUAGAGGAAAAGAGAGGAUGAAAGAGAGGGCGAGAGGAGAAAGUGGGAAGGAAGCCCGGAACGAGAUCUCUCGAAUUUCAGAUUUAGGAAACCGUAGAUAUUCCACCUCUGUAAGCUAGACACGUUCAUCUAAAAUUGUUAGUUAAUAAUUGUACAUUAAAACAUUAUGUAUCGAGGAUACGAGACUAAAUUUAUGGUUGUUUAAAAUUUAGAUUUUUUGC